AUGUACACCCAAACGGAGGAGCUGAGCGACAUCAAGGAAUCGUCCAAGAACCUGAUGAGCGGUGAUUUCGAGAGACAGUACAAGGAGGGCAUGGAAAAGGGGGUAAAAGGGAGGGGUUGUGUGGUCUUCGGUGUAUCUGUGGCGGCGUUGGCUGUUUGGCUGCUCGUGAUAACUGUGGUUCGUGAGGUGCAAAUCGCGAACCUUCGGCAUGAGGUCGACCAGCUCACGGCCAAUAUGAUAGGGAUGUCGGCAAACGUGAUGUCUCUGAACCAGAAGCUCACUAACAACCGCCUCUUUAAUGAGUUCAAGAAUUUGGAAGACACGUGUCUUCUGAAAACUGAACCACAUAUUCAGACCCUUAUGACAAGGAGAAACUAUCAAAGUGGUCGUUACACGGGCCCUGAUAAAUUGUGUGACAAAGCUGUAGAUGUCACGAAGCGAGUUCACGACCUAUGA